GCCGGCUUGUUGAAAAUACACUGCGUUAAUGCAUUUAACAUUUUAAUUACUUAAAAAUAAAAAAUUGUAAUAACUGAAAAAUGUCUAAAGGUGUCAUUUGCUUUGACAUAUCGAAAAAUGAACGUUUCCAAUUGUCGGAUAACUAUAAAAUGCUGCAUCGCAAACUGAAAGUAAAUUGGAAAGUUGAACAGAGCGAUGGUGAGCUGAAGAAAGAACGGUUGCAGCGUGUGGGCAUAUUUGUGCUGGCCGGACCGCAGGAUCGCUUCACCGAGGAAGAGUUUCAAGUGUUGAAGGAAUUUGUGGAAAAGGGUGGCAAAUUGUGGGUGUUGCUCGGCGAAGGUGGCGAACAGGAAUUCAAUACAAAUGUGAAUUUCUUUCUAGAACAAUAUGGCAUCUACAUAAAUAGCGACACCGUUGUGCGCCCACAUUACUACAAAAAUUUCCAUCCUAAGGAGUGCAUUAUCGGCGGUGGGGUGGUUUGCGAGUCGAUGUGGCGGCAUUUGAUCAAACAAGAUAUCGAGAUGGUCGAUUAUGACUUUAGCGAUGAGAAAUACAAAAUACACUUUCAGUAUCCAUACGGCGCGACGCUAAACGUCUCAGAACCGGCGAAUGUGCUACUAAGCACAGGACCGGUUGUUUAUCCCUUUAAUCGACCACUAGCUGGUUACUACGUCAACGAGCAUGGUGGCAAGAUACUCGCCAUCGGCUCUGGCUACAUGUGGCACGAUAAGUAUUUGCAGAGUGAUAAGACAAACGAUGCGUUAUUGGAAUAUUUUAUACAACUUUUGGGCGGCAAUGAAAUACAAUAUUCGCAUUUGGACUUCAACGAUGUGGAGAUAAACGACAACAAAACAUUUACCGAUAUCGCCUUCAUUGCUGAUUUGCCGAAAGCUUGUCUGAUCGACUCCAUUGGCGGCACCGAAACACCUGCCGAUUUCAAACAAAUGUUCGACAUGACAAUCUACUCGCUAAGUAAUCGCCUGCUGAAGGAUGUAAUGACGACAUACGAACAAUUGAAUGUCAAAUAUGAACCGUUAAAAAUAAUUAAGCCGCAAUUUGAGAUUCCGCUGCCGCCAUUACAGUUAGCGACUUUCCCACCCAUCUUCAGCGAGCCUGCCGCUCCACCACUCGAGCUCUUCGACUUGGACGAGGUGUUCAGCGCCGCGCGCACACAACUGGCCAAUAUGACCAGCAAAUGUGUGCAGUCCAUUACGGCGAAGGAUGCCAGUAAGCCGCUAAAUUCACGUGAAUUGGAGAAUUACAUCAAAGAGUGUGCGCGCAUUACGGGCAUCAUACACGAGCACCAAGAUGUGCAAGCGCGUGAGAUACUUAACAUAUUGGCGCGCCAGAUCGUUAGCUACAAACCGUACGCGGAUGAGUAGUGGACGGCACAGCCGAAAUUGGAGCGGAGGUGUGAUAUUUCGACGCGAGGCAUAAUGUAGACUAAAUAUUUUUUAGUUUUUAAUUAUUUUUUGAUUUUUAAUUAUUUCUUUUUAAUUUUUUAAUUUUCAGUUGCUUCUAUUGCUCAAUGUUGUGAAAGAAAUUGGUAUGCAAUUAUGAUACUAUUAAACGCUUUAAUUGAAAAAUAUGCAAUAUUCAGCCACAAUGCACCCA